AUGCCUUGCCUUCUUAAUAAUGUGUCCAUCUUUGAGAACCAAGGACCCGAGGAUAUUGUAGCUAUCGUCAGAGCUAACCUCACCAUCCCUGAUGUAUUCUACACUUUUGUGAAAAAUUAUCCUCAUUUCAAGAUUGGUAGAGAGGACGGUAUCAUCAGAACAGCCUAUAACCUGGACCUGGAGGCGGAGCGGGCCCUGGCCCACAGUGUUCUAUUGGUCAGAGCCUACAGCGUGGCAGUGGAACGCUCCGCUACCGCCACUGUCACGGUCAACGUUUUGGAUGUCAAUGAGUUCCCACCCUUCUGCUCCCCCUCAGUGUUUGUGCUGGAGGUGUCAGAGAGCACUGAGGUGGGCAGCAGCCUGGGCUCACUGACCUGUGUUGACAUUGACAUCAGUAACCAGAGUGUGUCUCUCACGCUCGUCGAUAACAGAUUAUCACUACUCAAAUUCCGCCUCAAAGAUGGACAGCUCCUGGUUAACAACACUCUGAACUACGACUCUGCUGAGAUGGCCACCAAUAACUUCCAGUAUGAGGCCACCAUCUUGGCUACGGACACAGGCACCCCUCCUCUCACAUCCCAGGUGCGUGUGCUGGUCAGUGUGACCCCAGUCAAUGAACAUGAUCCAGUGUUUCAGACUUUGUUCUUCAGUGUCCCAGAGGGCACCAGGCCUGGUACGGCAGUGGGGACGGUGGUGGCCAGAGACACAGACUGGCCCUUUGACAACAUCCGCUACUCAAUCACUACAGGAGACGCCAUGUUCACUAUUGACCCUGAGGGAGGGGAGCUGUAUCUGGGCGGAGAGCUGGACUUUGAGGAGCAGCAGGUGUAUGUAGUGGGGGUUCAGGCUGAGGAUUAUGACCAGGAUAUGGACCGUACCAACCGCAAGAGAAGAACAGUGGACAUCACCGUACAAGUGGAGAACGUGAAUGAUAAUGCUCCAGUGUGUGACCCUAUCUCCUAUGAGUCCACCAUCUUCUCCACCUUGUCUAAUAAACUCCCCAUCCUCUCACUCAGCUGCGCUGAUGCAGACAGCGACAGACUAACAGCUACCAUCACUAACGGUGCUGCAGUGGACCGGUUUCUGAUGACCGGUUUGAGUCUCGUCUCCAAAAAUGUGUUCUCCUACGUGGUGGAUGGGGUUUAUGACCGCACCAUGUUUGAAGUCACCAUCUCUGUGUCCGAUGGCAGGUAUCACACCGAGGCUGUGGCCUACAUCUACGUAGUUCCCUGGACCACUACUGUUCCUACUACUACUACUACCACCACCACUACUACAGCUAAACCGCCCCAGGUGGUCACUGUGAUGUCAGACUACUGGGAUCCAGAGCCUUGGUUUGUUGUUGUGGUGACGGUUACCGGCGUCCUGCUCCUGCUGGUCACAAGUCUGCUCAUCUGGGCCAUUCUGAGCCGCGUCUAUGGUUGGGGACCAAAAGAUGAGCCUGAACCUCCAUCCAAUAAGACGGAAGAGAUCGGCAAAAUGAACACAGAAGUGAGUCAAAAUGGGGCCAGUGAAAAUGACCAGGCAAGUUUGGAUCAAUGGUUUCCAAUUGCAUCCUGCUGAGAAUAAAUAUGUGAAACAGCAUGGGUUUACCUUUGAAUGUGUUUCUCCAAGGCCUCACUA